CAUUACGGUUGACUUGACGCAGCAGAUGAAUUAACAGUAAAAACACGCAGCCCAGCUGAGCAGCAACAAUGCGGUGUGAGAAACACCCACAACCCGGUGGGCUGGGGCUCUCUCUGUGUGUCUGUGGGUGGCUGUCACCGGCGUGGAAGUUUCUGUGGCUUUAGCUCGACUGUACGCGUCGUGGGCUGAACUUUCUUGAACUGCUGGACGCUGCCCAUGCGGAGAGAGAGCUGAUCCGGGAGAAGAGGCGUUUUCCCCGCUUUCUUCGACGGUAAAUCAAACCCUACUGGGGGCGGACUGUUUGUGAGUCAGCCGAACCGUGGAACGGGACACAAUGAGACACCUGCCAUGAUCGACUUGGUGGAAAGUUGGGAGCGACGGCGCAUUAAAGGGAUAUCCCGCAAAAGUGAUGUUUUUGCAGCGUAGUUCAAUUUACCUGUGAUUCAUUGCUGCAAACCUACUGAUACCGAUAUAUGUGAGGUGGCCAUGGAGGAGCAGGGCAGCGAGAUCACGGACAUGGAGCGGUGCUCCUCCCCGGAGGAGUACGGGCUCGUAGUGGAGACCUCCCGCCGCCGGGUGAACCCCCCACUCAGCGUGGUGUGGACAACCAUGCUAUACUGCGCAGAGUUCAUCACCGCCUGCAUCCUCUGCAAAAGUUACCACAAGUCCAACGAUGUGAUCUGGAUGAGCUUCACCAUCACCUUCAUGCUGGUUCCCGCUGUGCUCAUCCAGCUGACCCUGACCUUCAUCCACAGGGACCUGGGUCGGGACCGGCCGUUGGUUCUGUUCCUGCACCUGCUGCAGCUUGGACCGGUCAUCAGGUGUUUCGAGGCGCUGGUGAUCUACUUCAAGGCAGGCCAACACGAGGAGCCUUACGUCACCCUCUCCAGGAAAACCAACCUGCAGAAGGGCCGAGAGAUAGAGCUGGAAAUCGGGCAGACGGAGCGGACCCUGGCCACGCACCGAAACGCCUUCAAACGCACCGCCGUCAUCCAGGCCUUCCUGGGCUCCACUCCUCAGCUGACGCUCCAGCUGUACGCCACCAUCCAGGAGAAGUACAUCCUGUCUGACAGACUGGCGUUGAUGAUCAUCACCCUCAUCUCCAUCACCUACGGCGCUCUGGUCUGCAGCGUCCUCGCCAUCCAGAUCACCUACGACUCCAUCAAGGUGCGGCUGCGGCCCGCCGCCUACCUGUGCAUGGUGGUGUGGCGGGCCCUGGAGAUCACCACCCGGGUCAUGACCCUGGUCCUGUUUAGCACCGCCCUGACCCACUGGGUCAUCCUGGUGGGCGCGCUCAACCUGCUCUUCUUCUUCUUCCUGCCGUGGGCGGAGUUCUGGGCGCGGAGAGGCUCUCUGGCCGAGGGCGUGGAGAAUAACCUCUCCAAGCUGGGCACCGCCGUGGUGCUGUGCAUGUUCACGCUGCUGUACGCCUGCAUCAACGUGUUCUGCUGGUCGGCCGUGGAGCUCGACCUGGCAGACCAGGAGCUCAUCGACCGGAAGCAGAGCUGGCUCCGCCUGGCGCUCUACUACUCCGGCCGCUUCCUGGAGAACUUCGUCCUCAUCACGCUCUGGUACUUCUUCAAGUCGGACUUCUACCAGUACGUGUGCGCGCCGCUGGUGGUGGUGCAGCUGCUGAUCGGCUACAGUGUGGCCCUUCUCUUCAUGCUGCUCUUCUACCAGUUUUGCCACCCGUGCAGGAGCCUCUUCAAGUUCAACGUCCACGACUGCCUGCACUGCGUCUGCUGCCGGCGCCGAGCCGCGAGCCGGCGGGGCAGCAUGCCGCCUUCCUACUCCACCGCUGCCACCAUGCUUAAGGAGGAGCCGCUGGAGCUGCUGGACCCUCAGAACUGCCUUCCUCCAGACGGCGCCGGGCCGCUGGGCGAGCGGGAGUCUUUAGCCUGACAGGAAACGCACCAAAAACAGAAGGAAUGCUGGGAGAAACGAGACGCUUAGGCAAAUCUGGAAACAAAUCAAGUAUUUUGGGUCAAUUUCUAGUGAAAAUAACUUGCUACACUUGAAAUAAGACAAACCUUACUAACAUAUAACGCUAAAGAUCAAC